AUGCCGCAGAACACUAUGCUUUUGCUUUUGUCUCAGAUAUUAAAAACACCAAAAGCAUUCUUGGAAGGCUUUACAAAUCCAAAUAGCAGGUGGGUUGGAGUUUGUUUACCAAAUGCUGCAGAAAGGAGCGUCCUGUCUCCUGAGAAUCAAGAUCCGAUUCCUCUACCAGCAAACGUGUGGUCACCUGGGGCUAGCGCCAGUACCGUGAAGAGCAAGACGCCUCUGAGGUACGCGAGUCCUAACGCGGUUUCCCUAGACACAAUCAGGAUCCGGUCCGGCGCAAUACUUACCGAAGCGGGUUCGAGUCCUCCCCAGCAGGGCCGCCGAACAGGCCGCACGAGCGUCUCAAGGGAACGACUGCCCGAUGCUCAACCGGACUGUGCAGCCCUCUCGCCGCUUUCACAGUCCCCACCAAGCUGGGCCUGGGGGCGUGGUCAGCACAAGGCUCCUCCCUCAAGGAGGAGGGCGGGGCCCCAGCGCUCCGAAGCAGGUUGGCCCUCCGAAGCUCCGCCCCACUCACCGCCGCAGCCAACCAGCGGCCGGCGAGGCGCGGCCACUUCCUGGUGGGAAGGCAGGGCGGUCAGCGGAGCUCGCUGGUACGAGUGUCCCGCAUCGGCUGCGCGCGGGUCCCGAGCGGCCGCGGCCAGCGCAGGCUUGGCGCCCAGUUCCCGUCUGCGUGUGGGGCUCCCGCGGCAGAGCCUGGCAGCUCCGCGUAGCACCAUGUCCAAGCCACCUCCCAAACCGGUCAAACCAGGGCAAGUUAAAGUCUUCAGAGCACUGUAUACGUUUGAACCCAGGACUCCAGAUGAACUGUACUUUGAAGAAGGUGAUAUUAUCUACAUCACUGACAUGAGUGAUACCAGCUGGUGGAAAGGGACAUGCAAAGGCCGAACAGGACUGAUCCCAAGCAACUAUGUGGCUGAGCAGGCAGAAUCCAUUGACAAUCCAUUGCACGAGGCUGCAAAAAGAGGCAACGUGAGCUGGUUGAGGGAGUGCUUGGACAACCGAGUGGGUGUGAACGGCCUGGACAAAGCUGGAAGCACAGCCCUGUACUGGGCCUGCCACGGGGGCCACAAAGACAUAGUGGAGGUUCUGUUUACUCAGCCGAAUGUGGAGCUGAACCAGCAGAACAAGCUGGGAGACACAGCUCUGCACGCGGCUGCCUGGAAGGGUUAUGCAGACAUUGUCCAGUUGCUACUGGCAAAGGGUGCAAGGACAGACUUGAGAAACAAUGAGAAGAAGCUGGCCUUGGACAUGGCCACCAAUGCUGCCUGUGCCUCACUCCUGAAAAAGAAGCAGGGAACAGAUGGGGUGCGAACGUCAAGCAACGCCGAGGACUACCUUGACGACGAAGACUCAGACUGAUUCCUCCCGGAGCUGCUUUGAUGCCUAAACUUCUUUUGCUUUUGCCAUUCCAAAACCUUGGUUGUUUUGCCGGAAGAGUAUUGCUAACCAUUCUUUUAAAGCCUGUCUGAACGUGGCACUGUUGGCCCUGCCCGUCUGUGAUGGGACAGCGUGGCGUGGGCGAUUCUCACCUGCGGCUGGCCAAUAAGCAAUGCUGUAUAAAAUGCAUAUAUGUUCAUCAGUAUAGAACAAGAAAAGAUUAUUUCUAUUUAUCAAGCUAAAGGAAUUUAAUAAUUUUUUUUCUUUAAAAAAAUCAGGAUUUUUUUUUAAGUUCUUUACCUCAAGGAACAAGAUGUUUUGAGUGGGUUUUUCAAGGGGGACAUGCUUAGUAAAACAAUAGACCAAACUCUCAAUAGAAUAUUGUCAGCUCUUCUGACAAAAAUAAACGUUUAAGGAGACCUUA